AUGCCAAUGCCAGAAAGUGUUCUAACUGAUCAUAAAAUAAUUGAUGCUAUAUUAAAUAUAUAUAAGGAAAAGGAUAUGAUGGAUGAAGAUGAAUUUACACAUAUAUUAGAAAAAGUUAGUUUAAUGGAAGCGGAAAAUUCUGCAGAUAAAAUAAUAAGGUUUUUAUAUGAGCAAGAGCCAGAAUUUGGCGAAGUAAAUGAAGAAUUAAAAGUUCUAAAAGGAUUACAAAAGCGACAAGAUGACAACGAUGGGGAUGAUCGUUUCCUUAUCCCGUCGAAGUGA